UUACAUUGAAUAAAAUAGUGAUUUGUUUGCGGCGUUUUUGUGCGAGCUGAGCAAAGAAAUAAAUGGGCGUGUAGGAAAGAAACUUUUGUUUCUGUAUUAUUAAUAAAAUGGAAGCGAGUGCCGAACAGGCCCCUGUGGCUACAGAAACCGUUCCUAAUAAUGAACAGGAGCACAAUGAGGAGGGUAUGGAAGAGACUGAGGAUUACAGUUUCGAUGGAGAAGAUUAUAGGCAUUUUGUACCACGGGGUCGAGGAGGCUUUAGGGGUCGUGGCAGAGGUGGGUUUGAUUUCCCCAUGAGAGGUGGGCCUCCAAGGUUUAGAGGAAGAGGAUUUGGACCUAGAGGACCAAUGUUUCGUGGCGCGAAUAACGGAUUUCCAUUUGAGGGACCUCCUAGGCCGAAUUGUCCACCGGGUCCUGCAGGCCCACGCUUUCGAGGACCACCGCCAUUCGAUCCUAGCUGGGGACCUAUGGGGCCACCAAAUCUGAUGGGACCGCCGAAUCUUAUGGGACCUCCAGGAAUGCCACCGCCACACAUGAUGAAUGGCCCAAUUGGGACAGGUCCGGGACCAUACGGACCACCUCCUGGAAUGGGACCACCAAAUAUGAAUAACAUUCCAGGUCAGCAGCAGCCCCAGCAGCAACAGGCACAACAGCAAGCAAACAUUCCAGGCUUAGAUCUCAAUGGAGAAGUGUGGGUAGAAACAAAAACACCGGAUGGCAAGUCAUAUUAUUAUAACAUUCGUACAAGGGAAACUACAUGGACGAAACCAGAGGGACCAAAUGUCAAGGUCAUGGUGCAAGACCAGUUAGAACAGUUGGUACAUGGAGCAUCUAAACAAACAGCUCCAUCUAAUACACCUACAUCUACAACUACUACUCCCAGUCAAAUUAGUGAAAAUAGAAUUUCUCAAAGUAAUGAACAACCUCCUACAAAUAAUGCAGAUGCUAUUAAUCAACUUAGUACUGCUCCUCCUGGUACAGGUCCACCUCCUACACUUGGUGAAACACCAAAUGUCAACACACAGCCAACUGACGCAGCACAAGCAAAUGGUACAGCACCUGCAACUGUUACUAACACUCCAGCUAUGAACACCCCAGCAGUAAAUACAAAUAUGAUGCAACCCCCUCCCAAUAUGAUACCUAUGCAACAUAGAAUGCCAAAUCAGUUUGGUGGACCAAUUGCAACACAAUUUGGAGCAGCACCAUUUGGUAUGCCACCGCCAGGUUUUCAACCAUUUGGAGGUUAUGGUCCACCACAAGCGAAUUGGGGUAUACCACAAAUGCCACAUGGUGUAAUGACCCCGCAAGCCCCAGCAGAAGAUCCCGCUAUAUUAGCACAACUUGAUCAGGAGUUAGUAGCAUCUGCUAUGGUAUGGACCGAACACCGUGCACCGGAUGGCAGGUUAUAUUAUUAUAAUAGUAAAGCUGGAGAAUCUGUUUGGGAGAAACCGCAAGCUUUAAAAGAUCUCGAAAAUGCAAAAUUAGCGUUACGGCAGAAAGCAGAAGAAGCAGCUGUGAAUUCUACUAACACUGCUGUGACUAGUUGUACUGUUACUAAUAAUAACGUUGCCGCUGAACCUGUAAAACAAGAAAAACCGCAGGAAAGCAAUCAUGAAACCAAAGAUAGUGCGAAGGAAGCAGAUACUAAUAAACCGAAAAAAGAGGAAACAGCACCUAAGGAAGCUGCUAAACCUCAAGAUAAAUCUAGACCAAUUUCUAGUACUCCAGUGCCUGGAACCCCUUGGUGCGUCGUUUGGACGGGAGAUGGACGCGUAUUUUUUUACAACCCUUCUUCGCGUAUUUCGGUUUGGGAAAGACCAGACGAUCUCAUUGGCCGUCAGGAUGUCGACAAAAUGGUGUCUACUCCACCGGAUGCGGUGGUAGCUACAAAAACCCCUCGACAAUCGGACACGAGCGAAAGCAGCGACGAUGAUCAGCCUACGCCAGCGAAAAAGAUGAAACAGGAGGAUACAAAAACGCCUAAGGAAGAAGAGGAGAAGGAAAGCAAAAAGACUAUCGAUAUCGGAAAAGAGGCUGCGAUCGAGGCGGAAGUUCGGGCGGCUAGGGAGAGAGCUAUUGUUCCUUUGGAGACACGAAUCAAAUCAUUUAGGGAUAUGCUUGCAGAGAAGGAUGUAUCCGCGUUUAGUACAUGGGAGAAGGAGCUUCAUAAAAUUGUAUUUGAUCCCCGUUACCUGCUUUUGACGUCAAAGGAGAGGAAACAAGUUUUCGAGAAAUAUGUGAAGGAGAGAGCUGAAGAAGAAAGACGGGAAAAGAGGAACAAAAUGAAGGAACGGAAAGAACAAUUUCAGAAACUGCUGGAAGAAGCUGGUCUUCAUGGAAAAUCUUCAUUUAGCGAUUUUGCUCAAAAACAUGGGCGUGAUGAACGAUUUAAGAAUGUAGAAAAGAUGCGUGAACGGGAGAGCCUAUUCAACGAAUAUCUUCUGGAAGUGCGAAAGAAGGAAAAAGAGGAAAAAACAGCAAAACGAGAACAGGUGAAAAAGGAAUUCUUUGCGAUGCUACGUGAACACAAAGACAUCGACAGGCAUUCGCAUUGGAGUGAUUGUAAGAAAAAAUUGGAAUCUGAUUGGAGGUACAGAGUGGUAGAAUCUGCAAGCACGCGUGAAGAUUGGUUUAGGGAUUACGUUCGUAUGCUAAAGGAGGAGAGGAAAAAGGAGAAAGAGAAAGACAAAGAUCAUCGACACAGGGACAAAGAUCAUCACAAAUCGGACAAGAAAGAUAGGGACAGAAAGGAUGUUGAUAAGUACAAGGAGAAAUCGUCCAAGGAUCGAGUUGAAAAGGACAAUUCGAAGGACAAGAAGCAACGAAGAAGCGAGGCACCAGCAGAAGAAAAUGGCAAAGAAAAGAAGGAGGUGGUUCCUGAAAAAGAAAGCGGAGAAAUCGAAGAUAACGACGAGAAACCAUCUAAAAAGGAAAAUGAUAAGGAGGAUGCAGAAGAUCAGUCAGAUUCCGAGGAGGAUCGUGAGAAACAGAAACGAGAGCGUGAAAGAAGAGCGGAAGCGAGCCUUCGUGAAAGGGAGAGAGAAGUUCAAAGGACUUUAGCUACACAUCUUCGUGAUAGGGACAAAGAGAGGCAACAUCAUCGUCACACAGAAGCAGUACAGCAUUUCAGUGCUCUGCUUGCAGAUCUGGUAAGAAAUGGCGACCUAGCCUGGCGAGAAGCGAAACGACAGUUGAGAAAAGACCAUAGGUGGGAAUUAGCGGAGAGUUUAGACCGUGAAGAGAAAGAAAGAUUGUUUAACGAACACAUAGAACAGCUUAGUCGUAAAAAACGUGAUAAAUUCCGUGAACUUCUCGACGAAGUGGGAGCCUCAACUGAACUUACCGCGUCGUGGAGAGAUAUCAAAAAGUUGUUGAAGGAUGACCCUAGAUAUCUUAAGUUUUCUUCUAGCGAUCGGAAAUGUGAAAAAGAAUUCAAGGAGUACAUUAAGGAUAAACUUGUUGCGGCAAAGGCUGAUUUUAGGGAACUUUUACAAGAAACAAAACUUAUUACCGAUAAGACAUACAAAAAAGUGCAAGAAAAUAGUGCACACUUAGCAGAAAUUGAAGAAAUCUUGAGGAAGGAUCGAAGAUUUCUAGUGCUGGAAGCAGCAGCUGCUGAACGAACUCGUUUAUUAAUGGGUUAUUUGGAGGAAUUGGCACGUAGGGGUCCGCCUCCGCCACCUACUGCCUCAGAACCUUCAAGAAGACCAACCACAAACUAAGCGAGGGCCGCAUCAAAGCAUGGUAUACAUAUGGUGUCCAAAUAACAAAUCAGUGAAUGAAUUUAUAGCUGUAGUUGAAUUGAAGUACUUUACACAUGAGAUGAUUAUCGCCUGUAAUUAUAGGAUUCAAUAAAACUAACGCCAAUUCCACACA